GAAUGUGGUCAAGCUUCUAGGAUGUUGUCUAGAGACUAGAGUUCCUUUGCUAGUUUAUGAGUUCGUGCCCAAUGGAACCCUUUCCCAUCAUAUCCAUGGCGAAGGUCGCAAGUCCUCUUUGUCCUUGGAGUCCCGUUUGAGGAUUGUUACAGAAAUUGCAGGAGCAUUGGCUUACCUACACUCGGCAAUCUCUAUACCAAUCAUUCAUAGAGAUGUCAAGUCCAGCAAUAUUCUCUUGGAUGACAAUUACACUGCUAAAGUUUCUGAUUUUGGUGUUUCGAGAUUGAUUCCAUUCGACCGAAAAGGUCUAACAUCAUUGGUACGAGGGACCAUUGGUUACUUGGAUCCAGAGUACUUUCACACUGCCCAGUUCACCGACAAGAGUGAUGUCUAUAGCUUUGGAGUGAUUCUUGUGGAGCUCCUCACAGGUGAGAAGCCUGUGGCUUCGACGAGGUCAGUGGAAUGCAAGAAUCUAGCCAUGUAUUUUCAAUCAUGCUUGAAGGAUGGACAUCUUUUCUCAAUCUUGGAGGACCGUGUGGUCGACGAAGGAUCGCCGGAGCUGCUCCUUGCAAUAGCGGAGCUUGCCCAACGUUGCCUCAGCGUGAUGAGAGAAGAGCGGCCGACGAUGAAAGAAGUUGCAAUGGAGCUAGAGGGGUUGCGAAUAUUUCAUCAGCACCCGUGGAUCAAAGAGAACGAGGAGGAGGGAGAGCAUCUAUUGAAGGGAGCUGAAUGCUCGGCCGCGAAUCGUAUGCUUGGUGAGGAUGAUUCUUCGGUGCAUCCUAUGCAGCCAUUUAAUAUUAUGCGAUGAUUUUAUUUCUUAGUUGAGUGCAACCUU